GGACAGGAAGUGUAGCGUUGCCAUGGAGAGGGCCCGGCGCGGGGCCCGCCCCCGCGGCUCCCAGAGAGGCGCGGGGUCGACUGACCAGCGGACGGAAUCUGAUCUGCUGUGCAGUAGCGGCCUGAGCAAGACGGAAGGCCAAGGAGCCACAUGCUGCCUGUGACGUGACUGGCUGGCUCCUCUGGGGGGAGAUCUUCCUGAAGAUAACUGUGCAGCCCACCUGUGGCCCUGGACACACUAGCUGCUGACCUCAUGCCCUGGCACUGGGUGCUGGAAGCCCAGGACUCUAAGCAGACACCUCUGCCACAGAGGAUGCACUGACCCUGGAGGCCUAGGAGAGGGCUAAGGGGAAGCCAAGUAUGGCUUUUCUUAGGUCCCAGCCUGGCUCCUGAGGCAGGGAAGGAUUGGGGUCUCUGGCACUCCCAGGGGCCCUCUGCCCCAUUAUCCUGACCUUCCUCCCCUCGGUGUAUUGCUAGGAAGCUGUGGCUUUGUUAUCUGUUUAAUUAGCUUCAGACCCUGGACUGAGGCUGGUCAGGGCCACGCUGCUUCCUAGGCUGUGCACCCUGACCCUGAGGGAGGCCGGACCCAGCCCUGUGAACUUCUGAGGUACAAAGGCUCCUGGGAGGUGGGCAGCAGGCGCCCUCCCACUCUGUCUUCUCUGCCUGGGCCUGUGCCCCUCCUAGCAGCCAGGACCCACUCACAGGUGGGGCCUUCUGACUCAACCUUUCCAGGGGCACAGGGCUCUGAGCCUGUAGGAGGGGAUGCUCCUGAGGGUACCAGUUCAGCCACCUGCCCCACCCCUUAGGCCUGGGCUGGCACUCUCACUCCCCCAAGCAGUGCCUCGAGCAGCCCUCCUGGCUGGCAGCCCCUGCCAUGGCCGAGCACCUGGAGCUGUUGGCAGAGAUGCCCAUGGUGGGCCGGAUGAGCACACAGGAGCGACUGAAACAUGCCCAGAAGCGCCGUGCCCAACAGGUGAAGAUGUGGGCCCAGGCUGAGAAGGAGGCUCAGAGCAAGAAGGGCCACAGAGAACGGCCCACAAAGGAGGUGGUCAGUGGCCAGCCGAGGAAGCAGGUGCUGUUUCCUCCUAGCAUCACCCUGCUGGAGGCUGCUUCACGCAACGACCUGGAGGAAGUCCGCCAGUUCCUCGAGAGUGGGGUGAGCCCUGACCUGGCCAAUGAGGAUGGCCUGACGGCCCUGCACCAGAGCUGCAUUGACGACUUCCGGGAGAUGGUGCAGCAGCUCCUGGAAGCCGGGGCCAAGGUCAAUGCCUGCGACAGUGAAUGCUGGACACCCCUGCAUGCUGCGGCCACCUGUGGCCACCUGCACCUGGUGGAGCUGCUCAUUGCCCGUGGGGCUGACCUCCUGGCUGUCAACACUGAUGGGAACAUGCCCUAUGACCUGUGUGAGGAUGAACAGACGCUGGACUGCCUGGAGACAGCCAUGGCCAACCGCGGCAUCACCCAGGACAGCAUCGAGAGUGCCCGGGCCUUGCCGGAGCUGCAUAUGCUAGAUGAUAUCCGGAGCCUGUUGCAAGUGGGGGCUGACCUGGAUGCCCCCCAGGACCAUGGGGCCACACUGCUGCACAUUGCUGCUGCCAGUGGAUUCAGUGAGGCAGCGGCCCUGCUGCUGGAGCACGGAGCCAGCCUGAGUGCCAGGGACCUUGAUGGCUGGGAGGCCCUGCAUGCGGCAGCCUACUGGGGCCAGUCUUCAGAAGCCCCGGCUCCCGGCCCACAGGUGCACCUGGUGGAACUGCUAGUGGCCCAUGGGGCUGACCUGAAUGCGAAGUCCCUGACGGAUGAGACACCUCUGGACUUGUGCGUGGACGAGGAGGUGCGGGCAAAGCUGCUGGAGCUGAAGCACAAACACGAUGCGCUCCAGAAAGCCCAGGGCCGCCAACGCUCUCUGCUGCGUCGCCGCACCUCCAGUGCUGGCAGCCGAGGGAAGGUGGUGAGGCGGGUGAGCCUGACCCAGCGCACCAGCCUCUACCGCAAAGAGCAUGCCCAGGAGGCCAUCGUCUGGCAGCAGCCACCACCCACCAGCCCCGAGCCGGAGCCCACCGAGGAGGAUGAGGACCGCCAGACAGACGCAGAGCUCAGGCCUUCCCCUGAGGCUUGUGUCACUUGCUGCCCCCACACUCCUGUCUGCCUUGGACUACCACACAACCUGGGGCUGGAGGCCAGGGAGGCCCUGUCGAUGACCUCUAGGCCUGUACUCUGCCCACAGGAGGAAAGCCCCGAGGUGGCCAGGCCACACAAUGGGCGUGUUGGAGUACUCCCUGGGCGACAUUUGUAUUCCAAGCGUCUGGACCGAAGUGUGUCUUACCAGCUGAGCCCCCUGGAGACCACCAUUCCUGAUGGCCUGGCCCGAGCCAAGGCCCACCACACCUUGGCUGAGCUCAAGCGCCAGCGGGCUGCUGCUAAGCUGCAGCGUUCCCCACCUGAGGGGCCUGAGGCCCCUGAGUCCAGCCCUUCUGAGAACACUGAGCCCCCCCUGAGUGACUGUGGUUCUAGGACUGGUGGAGACCCGCCCCUGCUCAAGCUCACAGCGCCCUUGGAGGAGGUGCCCUUGGAGAAGAGGCCAUGCUGCCUGCUCAUGUGAGGGAAAGCCUGAGCAGAAGCUGCUGCAGGACCCUGCUCUGAGUCUCCCUGUGUGCUGCUUGGGCAGGUGGCCUUUUCCACUGCUCUCUCCUGGACACCAGCCUUUCUCAGGGACACCUGGACAAUUGAUACCUGGGGUGACCAAAUGCAGAGAGCUUGUCCUGUGACUCUUGAUAAAGGGCUGCUCUGCACGUUC